UAGUUGGGCGAGCUCUGUGUUUCGUUAAGACUAUACUUUCAGGGAUCAUUUCUAUAGUUUCUUACUUGAGAAAUGUGUUUCUAAAGUGUAUGGUCUCGCUAACCACGAUGAAGAGUUGGUGAUACUCUUUCCUGAGCGCGAAGCGGGUAGAGAGACUUGAUUGAUUUCAUAUGCUCUCUGCUUUUGAUGACCGUUCACUGUCUCCUCUGGGGACGAUGAGGGAAAGAGUAUGAUCAGAGUGGUAGUGUAUCUGUGUUUAAUGAUAAAUGUCUGUAAUCCAGCGAAUGUGAGAAGUUUAGCCGGUUGUAAAGGUGUUAUUUUUCCCAUCAGCCAUUGGUGCUGGUUAGCCUGUCAUUAACGUUGAAGUUACAGAAAUAACUAGUACGUAGUUAAUCACAAGCAAUGCUGGUGAUGAAGUAGAGUACAUUUGCUCAAUUAUUGUGCAGGUUUGAUGUAUUUGUACUUCACAUUGGUGGUACUUUAGACGGAUAUGUUAUCUCUUUGCUUUAUUAUCAUUAUAGUCAUCAUUGAUCAUAAUUGCUAGUUGCAUAGAUGGAUAUGAUUUUACCUCAAUUGCAGUCUGUCAAAAUAUACACAACCCCCAUUAUUAAUAAUCUCGUGGCAGUAUAAUUCUUUGCCAUUGAAGACUUUUACUAGAGCGCAUUUCAAAUAAAUCUCUCCACAACAUUUAUCUCCCAGCUGGAGUAACUUUUUAUUUUCAUAAUAACGUUUUAGAUGCUUGGAUACCUUUUUUUAAUGAAAUGGCACUGAAACAGCCCGAUAUAAAUAAACGUUUAUUGGUGCUUUUGUUGAACAAAAUGACAUGAGUGUUUCGUCCAUACGCGUGGUGAAGUAACGUUAAGUGCCCAGACUCUUUUCAUGGAAGUACAAACGGGGGGGCUUGUCUGCCGAGCUUUUUGUUAGUAGCCCUGAGUAGGCGGGUUUUUACUCCACCUGCCAAGAAGACCGCUGCUGGGACAAAUUCCGCUCUGCUGGCCUGGAGAAACACUCAAAACUUUUAAAAAAGGGACCAAUGGUUUUCCUCUGUGUCUUUGAGUAGCGUUGGUGUCGAACCGCUCACUAUUCCGUGUGAGUGAUUGACGUGAGAAACCGGAGGAGGAUUCGUUCUGGUCUUGGAGACGCGGUUCAGGCUGCAUUCUGGUGCUCAUGCGGUCAGAAACUUCACAUGGGGUAGAGGAAAGGGAUUAAUUUUGAUUUUAUCGGUGGUCGAGAACAAAGAGUUUCCUAAGCUUUUCCCUUGGAUCUCUUGGAAUUUAAAGGGUUUUAAAUUGCUUCGUCAAAAACUGGAAAAUUGAAGUUAACGCAGCGUUUUUGGCCGCACUCCCGGCGGAAACAUGACAUACAAAUGAUGUUUAACAUUUCUAUAGAUGGAAGCUCCUUCUCUAAAAAUUUGGAGGACUUUGACUCUAUUCGCAGUGUUCUCCUGUACAGUGACUUGGAACCAGAAUGGCUUGAUGACAUUCAGAAGAAUGGCGAACUUUUCUACCUGGAGCUGAGUGAGGGUGAGGAGGAGGCUGCGUUAUCUCAAGCCAGCGCCAAUCAAAGUGUUUCCACUAAUCAUGUUCGCUUUUGCGAAAAGGAGGCAGAGGUCAUCACAGAGCAAAACAAGAAGCAGCGAUGCGGUUCACGGUCGAAAGGUGAGACCACACUUAAAAGGCUAGCCAGGAUGCUGAGGAGAAAACGUCGGCCAUCUCAGCGCAGAGGAGGAGGGAAUGAUGGGGGUAAAGAGAGCUCCACCUUGUCGUCACCUCCAGCGUCCAUCUUGAAGAACCAGCCAGGUCAAAGGCAAGGUGUGACAGUUCAGCAGCAGCAGCUGAAGGAAGUGUGCGUCUACCUCAACCCUAAACGUCUAGGAGGUUCAUCAACACCUCUAUCUCAUAGUGGAGGCCUGCUUGAAGCGCUGCUGGGGGUGGUGCAUCGCCCCUCCUGGAACAGAGGACAAGGAGACCCUGCAGUGGUCAGACAAGAGGAAAGACUGACUGUUCAUGGAUUAAUACCCAACAGCCCGGCCAUCAAAUGUGGCCAAAUCCUUAUCGGUGAUGUGCUUGUAGCGGUGGACGAUGUGGAUGUGACCUCAGAAAACAUUGAGAGGGUUCUCUCCUGCAUCCCAGGACCAACACAGGUGAGACUAACCAUUGAGACAGUGGCUCUGGGGGAUGACAGCAGCGCGAGUGACACGUCAUCGGUCCGUAAGAUGAAGGCGUCUCCACCGGUCAGCCAGCUGGUGCGUCUUCUGUGGGGGGAGGACACAGCUGAACUUCAGAUGUCCAUAGGACACAUCCCGCAUAUUGUUAUGUACCUCUCACUUAAACUGGACUCAGCAUCACCACAGGAGGAGGAGGAGAUCUUGUACCAGUACCCGGUGUCUGAAGCAUCCAGCCAGCUGAAAGGAGUCAGGGGGAUCUUCCUCACGCUGUGUGACAUGCUGGAGAAUGUCACAGGAGGGCAGAUCAUCAGUUCUUCUCUGCUGCUCGGGAAACAUCUGGUACAUGUGGGCUACUGGAAGGAAAGCAACAACCUGUUAGUGAUUGGUCUUCCUGCUGAGAGGGUUCCACUGCUGUAUCUGCAGACGGUGUUGGGAGACGUAGUCCGGACACUGAAAGUGAUGUAUGGCUCCUUAGACAGUGCCUUCUGUAAAGGGGACCACGCUCCCAGGCUGGACCAUUUCUUCUGCCUCUUCUUCCAGCAGCUCAUCCAGCCGUCUCGCUUGAGGGACGGCUCCUCGGCCCCGCACCCCGACGUCUCAGGGACAGUUUUCCUCGAUGGACUGCCUGCAGUCCGUUGGCUCACACUACCUCCAGAAAUCAAGGUGGAGGUGGACACUGUUCUCUCUGAUUUCGAGUCCUCUGAUUUUGGAGAAAUGUCUGAGGACUUUUUUGGCCUGAGGCGUCUCUAUGUGAUUCUUGGCUCCUGUUUGUUCUACAAGUCCUACCUGAUCGCCAACCAUUUGCCUAAAGAGGACCUGCUGGAUGUGUGCCUGUACUGCCAGCAUUACUGCCUGCUGCCGCUGGCGUCUGAGCAGCGGGUGGGUCAGCUGGUCAUCUGGAGGGAGGUGUUUCCUCAGCAGAGAGCCAAUGACAACGGCAGCGCAGCGCCAGGCUACAGCCAGCCGCUAGCACGACACUUCCUCCUCAUAGUGGGGCUGAGGCAUUUCAUGCAAUGCGUGCUGUUGGAAGCGGGAGGUUGUGCCUCAUCAGCUUUGGGUUCUCCAGGACCUGAUUGUGUUUAUGUAGAUCAGGUGAAGGCCACCUUGCUGCAGCUGGAGGUGUUGGAGGCAGGUAUUGAGGAGCGUCUGAAUGCUCCACCCGCUCCCUGCCUGUCCUGUGCGGACUGGUUCCUCCCCGCAGCCACGGCCCGCGACCGCCUGGACAGCCUGGCUUCCUCCUCCCCCGUCCUCAGCAAGCUAGCCGGGGCAGUUAAAGGCUCCUCCGCAGGCUCCAGAGGCCGCAGCCUGUUUGGGGAGAAGGCCCGGAGGUCCAGCCCCCAGAGGAGCCUGUCGGACAGUGGGAGUGAGGGACAGAUGGAUGCUGGGUCAGGGUCUGGUGCAUCGGUGCCUCCAGGCUUCAGUCCACAUUCCACGCCGGACUCUGCGAGGAAGCUUGGGGGCCGACGAGACUCGCUGGGGUCCGGAGGGUCUGAUGGGAGCGGAGGCAGCGGAGGUCUCUUCAGGAUUCCCAGGAUGAAGCACCCAAACCCAUUCUACCUGGGCACCCUGAAGAAGACCCUGACAGAAAGGGAGACAGAGGAGAUGUACAACACCACCAUGAAGCUGACAUCAGGGGCAGAGAACACCUUGUUCCACUACGUCCUGAUGGAAACGGUUCAGGGGAUCUUCAUCGCUCCUACUCACAGAGAGGUGGCUCAGCUCAGCGGCUCCAUUCACCCGCAGCUCAUCCGCAACUUUCACCACUGCUGCCUCUCCAUACGGGCUGCCUUUCAGCAGAGUCUGCCAGCCAGAGGUCGUCGGGCUGCAGACAGGCCUCAGGGCAGUGGUUGGGGUCUGGGUCCAGUGAAGGAACAUGGGGUUCUGUUCCAGUGUAAACCUGAGAACUGGACUGACCAGAGGAAACCUGCUCCCACCAUGACUUACUGGGUCAUAGGACGGAUGUUGCUCGAGCCCGUCCCUCAGGAAUUCUACGUGUGUUUCCAUGACUCGGUAGCAGAAGUUCCCGUAGAGAUGGCCUUCAGACUCUCCUUCGGCCUAGCUUUAUGAUGAGUCAUCUUCACCCGUUAGAUCACUGACAAUGACAGACACAAGACUGUCGUGAACCGAUGUCAUUUUUGUGCCUUGUUGCCUCGUGUUUAAGUGUGUUUGUGUGUGCGUUUGUGCAGACUGAAAGCCACUCAGUCAAUGAAUACCUCACACACUUUGGUGUAAACCUCUGAUAAGACCAGACAAAGACGUUCCAGUGAGAGCAGUUGCCCUGACAGAUUGCUGCCAUAAAGUUUACUAAGAUGGACCAGUGAAAAUCAUGCUGCUGCUGCUGCACACAUCUCCAUGUUGACAGAGCAAAUACGGUCAUACUGAUAGCGUUGGAAAGGCAUUACAUUUGUUACUUAAUUUAAGAUGUACAGUUUUGUAUGGAAAUUGAGUCAUUUGUGACAGAAUUAACAUUGAGAUUAAAGAUGCAAAACUUUUAUUCUCUCACAAC